UCUAAAAAGACACAUAUGCAUCGUAAUUUAAAUUCCUCACGUAAGUAUAAUACAAGCGUAAAUCUUUUGAUCAUUUGCGGAAAAGUCGACACUAAUAUUGAUACAUUCGAUGUACGAAAUUUAAUAGAUGGCAGCAUUAUUGCAAUGUCGCGUUUGUAAACUUGCGGCUUCACAUUGUCGAUUGAAUUUUGUUCAAGAUUGUAUAGUCCUUUCUGGAAAAGCACAAGGUUCAUGGACAUUUGACAACUAUUCCUUACCUUGAUACAUAGGUAUUUUAUCGAUAUAUUAUUUUAUAUAUCAAGCAGUUUUCGCUGGACAAAAUGCCACGCAUUCUCUUUUAUGUCGCAAUCGUGUCAGUGUUGACAUGUACCGCGCAUGCGCAGUAUAUUUCCUUCGGUGUUGAUCACCAAAUCAGCGGGAAGCUGCAAAACAGCGAUGCAUCUCAAAUUAAGAUCUACGAAGAAUUAUUCAAAAAAUCAUUUGAACAUCAACGCAAGGAACAUGCUAAAGCCGUUAAACGUCUUCAGAAAAUAGGUAACUACGAACGUUUGUAUAAGAUGAUUUUAGUUAUUGGUGAAAAGAUGAUCGAUGCGAUCGAGGUAAAUAAGGCAUUAAUAGCAAAUGAAGAUUUCAAUCCAGAUAAUAGAUUAUUGCCACAAAAUGUUACUAUACAAACUGCAAUAUCUACUGUCUUAGAAAACACGGCAUUCUUUGGAGAUAUUCUUCUUCAUUUUCCUCAUUUUACUCACCGUAUACUUAAAGCGCAACAAAAAUGGAAUCCGAUCAUAAAUUGGUCCUUAAAUUUUACGUAUCGUACUAAAUAUUUGUUAGAUUCGGAAACCAUUGUUAAAAUUCAUUUAGCAUCUCAAGAAUUAAACGUUAUAAAACGCGAACAGGGUUAUUCCAAUCCUUAUUGGCAGCCUACUGAGGCUCAAGAAGGAGACAACGGAAAGAUAAAGAAAAAGAAAUCGGCUACAAAAGGAAAACAGAAGAAGGGGCCACAAAUGACCAAGUGGUUUAUCGACAACAAGUAUGUUCGUGCAACACGAACCCACGAUUUAAAGAUUACCUUUAAACAUUUACAUUCGGACGUAAGUGCUGUGUAAAUUUAAUCAAACUGUAACAAGAAUUGGAGAAACGAUUUUCGUGAAGGAUGACGUCAAAAAGGAGUCGAUUGCUGUUCUGUGUCGUCGUGUUCAUCGUUGCCACAGGUAGGAAGACACAGCUGCUUGUUUCGAAGAGAGAUCGGACGGGAGAUCAAACCUGUUGGGCGACAUAAAACCUUCAGCUCUUCCUACCGUGAUCUUUCAUCGUAGCGAGGGAUUUUAUAAAGAUUUUGAGAUUUGUCAUUUACCACUCGUAGUAAAGAUUGGAUUGAUCUUUUUGAAUUACGAUCGAUUUUGUAUGAAAGAAGUGGAGAUAGUAUAGGUAAAAAAAGAAUGAAAAGAA